UUACAUUAGCGCACAUCCUGGAUCUGAUCCAAUAUUUGUGCACACCCUCCACUUAACCGUACAGCCUUCCUUCUUUCCCUUUCUAAAACUAAAACAGUUAUUGUACAUCCUGUGUUUGUUGUCUUUUUACACACUUUUUAUUGAUAAAUAGGCUAUGUAUUCUGUAUGUUCUUGACUGUAGCAGCCUUUUUAUGUAUGUACCAAACCACACCAAAGCAAAUGGAAAACUUAGCUAGCUACUUUGGUAAGGUAGCUAAUAAUUCUGAUUCUGUUGGCGACUCCCUGCGAAUCAAACCUUCAGCUAGCUACUUAUGUCUGGAAGAAAAUGGUUCUUUCUGCCUUUGAACUUCCCACUGCAUUAUUGAGUUACUCUAUCUGCUGAGGAAGGCCAUUUGAUGUGGCUGAAAGCAUUGCAAACCCCAAAAAUAGGGGAGGACGCGUGGAUACUACUCCACAGGACUGAAUGUGUUUGGUGUCACGGAGAGACCGUACAUACAUCAAAAAAGAGAAAGAGUUGGGCGGAUAAAAAGUGCUGACUGAACUGCAGGCAGACUCCAGGGCUGAGUGUGGAGGAGUAAGCAGACAAGGCAGAGAACACGAGAAGACCUGACUGACAGCACCCAUGGCGAGCAAUAACACGGCCAGCAUCGCACAAGCCAGGAAGCUGGUGGAGCAGCUGAAGAUGGAGGCCAACAUUGACAGGAUAAAGGUGUCAAAAGCAGCGGCAGACUUAAUGUCAUACUGCGAAGCCCAUGCCAAAGAGGACCCUCUGUUAUCGCCAGUGCCAGCGUCAGAGAACCCAUUCAGGGAGAAGAAGUUCUUCUGUGCCAUCCUGUAAACUCGGCAUGGCCCUUCAGCAGUCUGCUCAGUGUGGGACUUUGAACGUGGACGUUCAAAAUACGUAAAAUCUUCUAGUAGGAGGGCAGGAAGGUUAUUGCCCCCUUGUUCUCGAACGGCACCUAUAGAGUGCAAAAAUUAAAUCCCACAGAGUUUACAUGUUACCAUUAAAGGGGUUGUGAUUGUGAUUUUUUGAGCGGUGUUGCAGCAUGUUGAAGGGGUCUGUGCUUUUAGAGGACACAAAAGGGAUGAUGGUGGUGGUGAUGAUGAUGAUGAUGAUGAGUGUGAUGAUAACCCUGUGAGGUACAACCAGUGAACCUACCAAGUCUUCAGGUUGUGAGGUGUACAAAACAAAAACAAAAAAAUAGAUAAAAUGAGAAUAAAAAUAUUUUGUGGUUCUUUUUGGGACUUCCAGAUGUUCUGUUAAAAGGUUUGUUGGUGGGUAGAGCAAAAUACGCCUACCACUAAGCCGCCACCUGAUUAUUAUUGGAAUGGUUUUUUUUGUUGUUGUUUAUGUUUAUUUCAACUUUACCUAACUAUCACCUAGAUAUCUUUCAAUAACUGUACGUGGUUACUAAAACAGCUCUUUUUUUUGUUUUUACACCAACAGAUUAGUGAAAGCUUUUUAUUGGGAUGUUUGAAACAUUCAGCUCUGUAAUUCCUCUUUAGAAAUACCUGUCUGAAAAAUCAGUCUCUCUGUACCAUAACUAUCUGGCAAAUGUGAUGCAGUUUGUCUCCUUCAGAUACAAAACCCUUCUUUCUACUGUUUGUAUAAAAUGACUAGCAAGUAAACUGUGCUGUGCUGUGAGUUCUGAAUGUUUGUGUUUGUAUCAUUAAGUAUUGCAUGAACUGGACAGUCUUCUCUAUUUCCUUUCAUGUGGAGUGAAUAGUGCCAAAACAUAUUAAAACAAGAAUGAUUUAA